AUGUCACCUAGCCAGUCAACGUAUCAACGGAUCAAGGCAACACCAUCUGUCUCAACAGCCAAAAAAAUGUAUUUUCUCUCGGGCCUGUUAUCUCUAUUCAUCUCCUCGUUGGCAGUAACGGAGGGAGCUGUCAUGUUUGCUUAUUUCCAAACAAAAGGUUGUGAUCCACUAGAAGCUAAGCAACUCAGAAACCAAAACCAGAUACUUGAUAUUACUGGAGCUUGUUUUACUGGUGCUAUGGUUGGUGUGUUUGUCCUUGGAUGGUUUAUACCAAGAGCAAAUGCGUUGGGCGGUUUCGUCGGUGGCUUGGUGUGUGUAAUAUUUGUAGGAUGGAUAUCUGUAGGGAAGUUGAUUUCAUCAGGAGUGCGUGUAAAUGCAAAAUUAGGACCGGCUUCAACGGAAAAUUGUCCUCUGGUCAACAUUUCUGGAUUUACCAAUGGAAAUAUAUACGUGCAAAUGAUGACAGAAUUUGUGUCAAAUGAUACUGAUUCGAUUGCGGGGGCGGGGCAUAUGACCGUCACUCAAGGACCACAAGGCCUUGAUGUACUGUACUCGCUGUCGUACAAAUGGUUGCUUCCACUCGGCAUCUGCUUAGUCGUCGGAGUUGGAGCUCUCGUCAGCCGUUUACAAGCUCGGAAGCCUGUCGAUCCCUCGUUGACCGUACCGGUGUGUGAUUAUCUGUGUUGCUGUAUUCCCGAAAGAAUCCGAAAGAAGUUCCGGUGCGGAAUAAAGGAUCCGGGAAGAGAUGAG